AUGGCUGGUUUCAGGAGGUGUAAUAUUUGCCGUGGUGAGGGGUAUUACACUAGGGACUGUCCUAUUGUCAGGAAGAUAGGUCAGCAGACUCAUCAGGCUUGGAGAGCUCAUCCGAGGGGUGGUGCCAGACCGCAAGCUUUAGGCAGGGUGUAUGCUUUAUCUGGGUCAAAGGCAACUAGCUUAGGUACUCUCAUUGUUGGAAUUUGUUUGCUGAAUGCUAGGGAAUGUUGUGUGUUAUUUGAUUCUGGAGCGACACACUCCUUUGCGUUUGAAGAUUGUGUUGCUGAUUUGGGUUUGGUUGUGAGAGAGUUACAAUAUGAUUUGGCUGUAGCUACUCCCACUUCGGGAUUGGUUAAGACAUCUACAUUGUGUGCUAGAUGUUCUAUGGUAGUAGAAGGGCGUCAAUUCAAGCUAUCUGCCAAUCGCAUUCUCAUCGAUUGUGGUGAGAAGAAGUUAGUAUUUCCUGAAGAAGAAGUGGCAAUGUUGUUGUCUUCGGGGCAGCUGAAGCAAGAGUUGGUUGAAGGAGCUUGUUGCUUUCUUGUGUUGUCGCAUCUGGUGGUUGAGCAGAGUGAGCAGGGUUUAGAUCACUCAGUAGUGAGUGAUUUCUUGGAUGUGUUUCCUGAGGAAGUGUCGGGGUUGCCUCCUCAGAGGGAAGUUGAGUUCUCUAUUGAUCUGGUGCUUAGAGCAGGACCAAUAUCAAUAUCGCUGUAUAGAAUGGCUCUAGCUGAGUUAGCUGAGCUGAAGAAGCAAAUUGAAGAUUUCCUUGAGAAACAGUUCAUAAGAUCGAAUGUUUCUCCGUGGGGUGCACUUAUGCUGCUUGUGAAGAAGAAGGAUGGUAGCUUUAGACUAUGUAUAGAUUACAGGCAGUUGAACACGUUAACAAUCAAGAACAAGUACUCGUUGCCCAAGAUUGAUGACUUGAUGGAUCAGCUGCAUGAAGCUACUAUUUUCUCCAAGAUAGACCUAAGGUCAGGUUAUCAUCAGAUUCUGAUCAAGGCAGGUGAUGUGUAG